CCUAAGCAACGGAAGUGACGUAAGAGCAGCCAGACCUGGAGGGCUUGGGUAAAAAUGGCUGAAUAUUUAGCUUCGAUAUUCGGGACUGAGAAGGACAAGGUUAACUGCUCUUUUUACUUUAAGAUCGGGGUCUGCCGGCACGGGGACCGGUGCUCCCGGCUUCACAACAAGCCGACAUUCAGCCAGGAGGUGUUCACAGAACUGCAGGAGAAGUAUGGGGAGAUUGAAGAGAUGAAUGUGUGCGACAACCUUGGGGACCACCUCGUGGGCAAUGUCUAUGUCAAGUUCCGGAGGGAGGAGGAUGGAGAGCGGGCCGUGGCUGAACUCAAUAACCGCUGGUUCAACGGGCAGGCUGUGCAUGGUGAGCUGUCUCCUGUCACUGACUUCCGGGAGUCAUGCUGUCGCCAGUAUGAGAUGGGGGAAUGUACCCGAGGUGGCUUCUGCAACUUCAUGCAUCUGCGGCCCAUUUCCCAGAACCUCCAGAGGCAGCUCUAUGGGCGGGGACCCAGGCACAGGCUGGAGUGCAAAGGCGCGGUCUUGGCUCAGUGCAACCUCUGCCUCCCAGGUUCAAGCAAUUCUCCUUUCUCAGCCUCCCAAGUAGCUGGGAUUAUAGGCACCUGCCACCAUGCCUGGCUAAUUUUUUUAUUUUUAGUAGAGAUGGGGUUUCACCACGUUGGCCAGCCUGGUCUCGAACUCCGGACCUCAGGUCGCCCCCGAGGUUCCAUACUGGCCACCAUCCCCGAGAGAGGAACCAUCAGUGUUCCCCUGAUCACCGGCAUGGCCGCUUCUGAGGCCCUGGACCCCUUACCCUUCACCCCCAACAGGGACAGAUGUUCCUGGCAGGACCUCUCCUCAAAGCCCCCUUCACUCUCCUGCCCCAUCCUUCCCAGGCUCCCGGGCUCCAUAAUGUAAUCUGUUCAGCAUGGAGACCUUCUUCUACCGCCCCUGUCUUAAUAAAGCUGCGUGUUUCACUUCGGCAUCAA